AACCCGCCAUUUUGAAAACCUUGUUGAUUCCGGGCGGAGAAGGGAGGGACGGGGAGAGCGAGAGAGUGACCGACAGACGGGCUGACCGACCGACCGACCGACCGACCGGCCGCCGCCGCCGAACCGGUGUGUGCGUCGCUGCGCGCCUGGGGGGGGCGCCCGGCCCCACCCCCUCCUCCGGGAACUGCCGCCUCCAGCCGCUGUUGCCGCCGCAGCCGUGCCCGGGGAAGGAGCCAGAAGCCCAGCUGAGAACCUUACACCAUGUCUUCUGCCGUUUCAUCUAAAGAAGAUACAAUGUCGUCUGGGAAAGCAGAUGAGAAACAACCUGAAACUGUAAACAAAGCUGCGGAAAGUGAGGAAGAUGAAGAAGAGGAAGAGGAGGAGGAGGAAGAAGAAGAAGAAGAGAAGGAGAAGAGUCUUAUUGUUGAAGGAAAAAGGGAGAAGAAGAAGGUAGACCGACUGACCAUGCAAGUGUCCUCAUUGCAAAAGGAACCUUUUACAAUUACACCAGGAAAAGGACAAAAACUCUGUGAAAUUGAAAGGAUACAAUUCUUUCUGAGUAAAAAGAAGACAGAUGAACUUAGGAACCUGCACAAACUCCUCUACAACAGGCCAGGCACUGUUGCUUCCCUAAAGAAGAAUGUGGGUCAGUUCAGUGGGUUUCCAUUUGAAAAAGGAAGUGACCAAUACAAAAAGAAGGAGGAAAUGUUAAAAAAAUUUAGAAAUGCAAUGUUGAAAAGUAUCUGUGAAGUUCUUGACUUGGAAAGAUCAGGAGUUAAUAGUGAGCUGGUAACCAGAAUCUUAAACUUCUUAAUGCACCCGAAAUCUUCAGGCAAGCCAUUGCCAAAGUCCAAAAAAGCACCAAGCAAAGGUGGCAAAAAAGAACGCAGCAGCACUGGAACAACAAGGAAAGCAAAACGCACCAAGUGCCCAGAGAUCUUGUCAGAUGAAUCCAGUAGUGACGAAGAUGAAAAGAAGGAAAAGGAUGACUCUUCAGAAGAAAAAGAAAGUGAAGAUGAGCCCCCUAGAAAAGCAUCUAAAAGAGAAAAACCUAAAAAGGUUACUUCCAAAACCAAGAAAGCUGUGAAGGGUGCAAACGUCAAGAAGGCAGAUAGCAGCACUACUAAAAAAAAUCAGAACAGUUCUAGAAAAGAAAGUGAGUCUGAGGAUAGUUCUGAUGAUGAACCUUUAAUUAAAAAGCUGAAGAAAGCACCCACGGAUGAAGAACUUAAGGAAACUGUCAAGAAAUUGUUGGCCAAUGCAAACUUGGAGGAGGUCACAAUGAAACAAAUUUGCAAGGAGGUGUAUGAAAACUAUCCUAGUUAUGAUUUAUCUGACAGGAAAGACUUCAUUAAAACAACAGUCAAAGAGUUGAUUUCAUGAUCUGAUUUGACUGUGGGAAAUGAAGAUUCCUGGUUCUAUGUUUCCAUGGAUUUUUGAAGAUCUGAUAGGCACCAGCAAAAGGAAUGUGUCUUAUCCUUGUGACAUUUAGUCAGAGCUAAUUCUGCUGAUCUAAAAUGUUAAGAGUGUUGAUGUAAACUGCUUUGUGUAUUUCUUUUUUAAACCAACAAAAUGCAGUUUUUAGUUGAACAUAUCGAAGUUUCAUGCAUGGCAAUAAAUGUUCCCUUUUUUAUAGUUUUUGUACAUGUUGAAUUGCUUUGUAUAACCAGAUUCAUUGGUAGCAUUGAAGCUUUUUAGUGUGGAUUACUAGCUUGCAGGAGAUUUUAAAAUCAAGUGAGAUGAAAGCUGCUUAUCUGCACGUAUACAUGCAGAGACUGGAAUAUAGCAGUAUUGGUUAUAAAGAUAUUUUGAAUACAUAUCCACUCUGAAAAUAACGAAGAGUUAGUCACACGUUAAUGUCUUUUAUAUUCUGAUACAUUCUACAGAUGCAGAAAUAAUUCUAAAUCUAGAUUACUGUCUUGCAUGUGUAGGUACUGAGAGAACUGUCAAAGCAUGGUAACUAAUUGGUAUAUAGAUGUUAUUUUUUUACUUUUCAGAGGCUUUCUGUUGUGUAUAUGCAGUUGUUUCAGAUUUCUUUUGUGCAAAUCAGUUUUUUUUAAUCUUGUUUUAGGAGGUAUGACAUGAAAUGUCAGUGUUCAGCAGUGAGGCUGUGAUGAAAAGUGGUAUGCAGAAGUUUCAUGAAACUACAAGUGGGCUGAGGUUUUACGAUGUUUGUCCCAUCUUGCCUUGUACAGAAAUUAACUGUAGUUUUAUACUUAAGCUUUUCAGUCUUUAACUUUGUACAAAAGACUACAGAUACAUUUGUUUCAACAGCUUGACAGAGUGAAAAAAAAAAAAUCCCUUCAAAUGCUAUAGGAAAAUUUCUGAAGUUUACUUUGCAAAAAUAUCUUUUAGUGUCUUGACUUGAUGGCCUAGCAUCUCAGAAGCAGAUAUCCAAGAUGUACAGAUGAUAAGCUCAAUAGUUUUGGAAAUCCACAGUGGGGCUUCUGAAUUGGGCAGCGCUGACAUGGUGGUUAAGCUGUCUUCCGUAUGAAAAGCUCUUCCGAACCUGAGCUUUGGUGUCUCAACUUGGACAAUGGUACUUUUAAGCCUGCAGUCUUGAACUUUGGCCCACAGCUUUCUGGAUCAAAGUGAACUCUUUGCCUAAGUUUUUGUUGUUUAGGUUUCUGUUCUGCAUACAUCUUCUUGCUAACAGGAAGUUCUACACUCAAAAUCAUGAAACUAAUAGCUGUCAAAGUGUGGGCUGCCAUUAAUGCCAUAAGCACAGAAUCCCUCUGUAGUAUUUCUGUAAAGACAAAGCAUAUUUUAUGAAUUUUAUUAUUGUACAGUUGAGAAGUAAGGGUUCAUAAAUUAUCUAAAUUCUGAAAAUGUUCAGCCAGUUAGACUUAAUCUUCACACACUUUCUGAAUUUCUUUGCAUGUAAUCAUUUCUAAUACGGCUGAAUGUGAUGGGGGUUUUUGUAUUCAAUAAAUGUCUUUCACAAAAAUGUAAAUCAAUUUUGAUGAUUUAACAUUUGCUUAAAUGUAUAGUAAAAGAAAAUCUAUACAGAAACAAAGUUGUUGUCUUUAUCUCAUCUGGUAGAAACUAUUCAAGCCUGAUUCGGCAGGUUUAUCUACUUUAAAGAUACUGUUGCUGAAAUGUAUGUCCUUGAACCAGGAUAAGAUUUUGUAUCUUCUAUGAGGUUGGUUUAGGUUUGUUUUUUUGGGGUCUUUUUGUCUCUGAACUGUCUUAGCAUAAAGAACACUUAAAUUUGCUAUUAAAAACAUCAAAAGUUACCAA